AUGGACGUCGGCCACAUCAAUAGACCAACGGUGGAUAUCCUGCCGAGAAAGCUUCUCUCCUCCGCCAAGUCUCCGUCGUCGGUUUCAAGUCCCCUUCGCGACUAUAAAGACCAAAGAGACUAUUCUUACGACUCUGACUCGGAAGAUCCUUACGCCGGGGACCAUUUUAGGAUGUACGAAUUCAAGAUCCGACGGUGCACACGUAGCCGUAGCCAUGAUUGGACUGACUGUCCUUUCUCUCAUCCUGGUGAAAAGGCUCGUCGUCGUGACCCUCGCCGGUUUCACUACAUCGGCGAAGUAUGCCCUGAGUAUAGUCGCCAAGGCGGCGGUGAUUGUAGCCGUGGUGACCAAUGCGGCUUUGCGCAUGGUGUUUUUGAGUGUUGGCUUCACCCUAGUCGUUACCGUACGGAAGCUUGCAAAGACGGUAAGCAUUGUAAGAGAAAAGUAUGUUUCUUUGCUCAUUCUCCACGUCAGCUUAGAAUUCUUCNUCGUGACCCUCGCCGGUUUCACUACAUCGGCGAAGUAUGCCCUGAGUAUAGUCGCCAAGGCGGCGGUGAUUGUAGCCGUGGUGACCAAUGCGGCUUUGCGCAUGGUGUUUUUGAGUGUUGGCUUCACCCUAGUCGUUACCGUACGGAAGCUUGCAAAGCUCUCUUAAGUUUAACAUGA